CGCCAGGCGGGGCGGGGGUGGCGCGGACUCCGGGGCCGAGGUGCGGGCGUGUUCACUAGGCCGGACUACUGGAGUGAGUUUCUCGUUUGACCGUCUCAGGAGCCCGGGCGCCGGGCGAAGGCGGGCCAGAGGGCCUGCGAGGAUCGCUGCGAGGGUCGGAGGUGGAGGCCUCUGCUGAGGGGAGCGGUUUAGGCCUGUGGAGAGAGGGCUCGAGUGUCGGCCUGAGGUUCCCCGGAAGGGUCUGGGGAGGGGUGAGGCCCCCUGGGGGAGGACGGCGGCAGCGGGUCUCUGAUUCAGGGAUUAUUAACCGCGGGCUGGUGCAAGAACUCGGGGAGGAAGACACCUUUAUUGUCAUAAGUGAAACUUCGUAAGUCUUUCCUCACCUGACGUUGUCUGUGCCCAAAACGAAGUCGCGAUUGCAAAUAGGGAUGAGUGUAAAUGAUGGAGAUAGGAGUAUCCACAACUCCUACAAACUCAUUUACAGUCAUCGCUGCUUCAUCAGAUCGAUAGGAUCUUGUUACUUAAUGCUUUGAAAAGAAGACUCUGUAGUAAUAUAGCAUGAGUUUGUUUUAAAAGCAUCCUGGUAGCGAUUUCAGUAUCAGUAAUUACAAUUCUCUGUCUUUUGAUUAAUGUGUGUAAACCUUUAAUUUAAUGUGGCUACUUGAAGAUUUAAAAUUACAUACUGGCUCGCACUGUGUUUCUGUUGGAGCCUCACCGGGUGCAGAAUGGUACAGAUAGGUAGUUUAUCGGGUGCUCACCGUCCUGUGCCUGCAUCCUGAUAUCUUGAGAUUAGAUCGUUGCCAUGGUGCUGUGUGGGUGAUGUUAUAGGUAACUCCAGUUUACAAGCAAGGAGACUGAAGGCCAGAGCAGUGAGUGCCCGGGGACACAAGGAUGGUUUGAUGGAGCUGCAAUCUGAACCCAGGCUUUCUGACCUCAGGACUGAUGCUUGUGCCACUUAGCCAUCUUCUUUCUGCCUUUUGUGACAAUGACAUUGACUUUCAUUAUUUUGCCGACCUAUGCCAGGCUCCAGAGGAGAACACCAGUAAUGGACUUCGUGAGGCUUGCUCGGCUCUUCUCCAGCCCCCGCCCCGUGGGACUGUCCAUCCUGUGCCACCUUGACCCUCUCAGAGCCCAGUGGGCUGGAGGCAGGGAGGGACCGGUGUGGCCUAGGGCCACAGGGUGGAUUCGGCCAGCGCCAGCAGCCUUCUCCAGCUCUCUCUCUCAGCUGCCCCUCGGCUCUCAAGGCCAGAAGAACACAGGCAGCCUCAGCUCUGACCCCGGCCAGCCCAGCCCCACGGCCACCCAGGAGGAAGGGGAGGAGGAGAGCUUUGGGAUGCUCUCCGACAAAUACUCAUCUCGGAGAAUGUUCUACAAAUCGACAGCCCAGCUGUAUAACUUGCGGCUCAAGGAACAGAAUAUUGAAGAUGAUGAGGAAGGGGAGCUGGAACCAAAACCACGGCGGGGCCCCAGAAACACCCCUUACUGGUACUUCUUUCAGUGCAAACGCCUGAUCAGGGAAGGAAAGCUGGCCGAGGCCCUGGACCUGUUUGAGAGGCAGAUGCUGAAGGAGGAGUGCCUCCAGCCCCUCGAGUGCAACUACACGGUGCUGAUCGGGGGCUGCGGGCGGGCCGGCUACCUGAAGAAGGCCUUCAGGCUCUACAAUGACAUGAAGAAGCGGGACCUGGAGCCCUCAGACGCCACCUACACGGCCCUAUUCAACGUGUGCGCUGAGUCCCCCUGGAAGGACUCCGCACUGCAGAGCGCCCUGAAGCUACGGCAGCAGCUUCAGGCCAGAAACUUCCAGCUCAACUUGAAAACGUACCACGCCCUGCUGAAGAUGGCCGCCCUGUGCGCGGACCUCAGGAUGUGCCUGGAUGUGUUUAAGGAAAUCAUCCAGAAAGGGCACGCGGUCACGGAGGAGACCUUCAGUUACCUGCUCAUGGGCUGCAUCCAGGACAAGAAGACCGGCUUCCGGUACGCCCUGCAGGUGUGGAGACAGAUGCUGAGUCUGGGGCUCCAGCCAAGCCAGCACGGCUACAACCUGCUGUUGGGGGCAGCUCGGGACUGUGGGCUGGGGGACCCGGCGGUGGCCUCGGCAGUGCUUCUGAGGCCCAGGGAGGAGAUGGCCCUGCUCCAGCCCCCGGCCGGGGGGCGGAAGACUAGGAGGAGAGCCCAGGUCGGGGCGGACCGCAGCCUGUCGGCCAAGCUGCACGUGGAGGCCCUGGAGAGGCAGCUGUUUCUGGAAGCUUCUCAGGCACUUGAGGGGCUUCCAGAGCCUCAGGAGGCCAGAGCCCCUGGCCAGGCCCAGUCUGGGAUGGAGACCAAAGCGGAGCCCGAACACACGGUUGCCCUCACCUCUGUGGCCCCGGAGCUGCCUCCCUGGGGGCUAGAGGCCAACCUCCUGACCCCGGGGGCGGCCCCCUUGGCUGUGGUCUCCUUUGGGACCGUGAGCACCCCUGCCGACAGACUGGCCUUGAUGGGGGGCCUGGAGGGCUUCCUCGGCAAGAUGGCAGAGCACGGGCUUCGCCCUGACAUCAAAACCCUCACGCUGCUGGCAGAGGUGGUGGAGCCUGGGAGCCCCGCAGAGUCCUCGCUGCUGAGCGUCCUGGACAUGCACGGGGUGGAGGCCGACCUGACCUUCUUCAACACGCUGAUGAGGAAGAAGAGCAAGCGGGGUGACCUGGAGGGGGCAAAGGCCCUGUUGCCUGUCCUGGCAAAGAGGGGCAUCGUCCCCAACCUGCAGACGUUCUGCAACCUGGCCAUCGGGUGUCGCAGGCCAGAGGACGGCCUGCAGCUGCUCUCGGACAUGAGGGAAUCCCAGAUGACCCCCAACGCCCACAUCUACAGCACCCUCAUCAACGCGGCCGUCAAGAAGCUGGACUACGCCUAUCUCAUCGACAUCCUGAAGGACAUGAGGCGGAACAGAGUCCCCGUGAACGAAGUGGUCAUCCGCCAGCUGGAGUUUGCGGCCCAGUACCCACCCAGCUUUGACCGGUACAAAGGGAAAAACACCUACUUGGAGAAGAUUGAUGGCUUCCGGGCUUAUUAUAAGCAGUGGCUGAAAGGGAUGCCAGCGGAGGAAACCCCCCACCCUUGGCAGAAAUUCCAGACGAAAACAAAAGGAGACCAGCACACCAUCACCGAGGCGGAUAUGGACAAAGGCCCUGGGGGCAGGUGAUGAGGAGGUCCUAGGGGACCCCCAGCAGGGCCGGAGCAAAGUGCACAGCCUUCACGUGGCUCUGUGGGAACCCCCCGAGUCCCCUUCACAUGAAAGACUGAACUUGCCGGGGCAGCUGCAAGCAUGAGGCAAAGUCCAGGGUCAGAGCUCCAGCUUAGGUGUCGGUCUGAGGACGAAUGCUGGCCCAGGUGCCCAACAAGUUCAUGGCAAGUGCCAGAGCAGCGUGGGCCACCUUGGUCCGUCAUCUCAGGCCAUCCCCGUCUGAGGGUGACGACGAGGAGGGUGAGUUCGCUCCAGGUCACACGGCACUGAUGAGAUGGAGUCAGGAUCGAGUCCUAAGGGUGACUAGUCUCCGGGGCCUGGUGCCGUCCCCCUGGGUGCCAGACCGCUGGCCCUGAGAGAGAAGGGACAUGAAGCCCAAAAGGUUUAGAAAUUUUUUUUAUUUCUACAAAUCAUAGCUGAUGAACACCAAAGCCUUCCCACAGAGACCAUGCUCCUAGUCGGGCCUGGGGACCGCUCUGAGGAAAAGCUGCUCCCAGCAAAGGGUGACGUGACGGGCGGAGUCCUGCGCAGCCCAGAGUCCAGGGUGGGUGGCGGUCCGGGCCCGACGCUCAGCCAGAGCAGCCCCGGCAGCCGCAGUGCGUGCACUCGAUGAUCCGGCCCUGCGGACAGAGGACCCCUGAGACCCCGCGCCCACACACGGGAGGCCCUCCCCCCGCUCCAAGGGAAGCGAGGCCACAGGACAUCCACUCCCCAUGGACCCUCCUCAGAAACCCUCUGUGAUGGUGCGGGAUGGGGAAAAUUCGGUUCCUUCAUAAAAAUGGGAACAGCUGCUGUUGACAGUUACAUCUCUGUCUGGAUUUAAUUCAUACAAAUUCAAUGUACAUACUUGCUCCCAAAAAGAAAGAAAAAAAAAUCUGA